AUGAAACAAUUUGUAUUCAUCAGUGAUUUUGGAUGCGCCCAAUUUCUCUCGACAUUCUUUUUGACAUUCUUGGGCGAAUUUUCCUCCACGUCGUCUUCCUCCGACUUUCUUCUGUCCACUGCAUCUUCACAAUUGACGAAGAUCGAAAAAACGACGAGCACAAGAAGAAGAAGAAUAGCAAAACGCAUCUCUUUCUCCUAUUCACAAUCUGAUAAAGAAAAAAAAGUUAACCAAUUCCGACAUGAUUUGUUUUUGACGAAAUAUUUAUUCAAUACAUUUACACAAAUGUAUUUUCAUCGAGUUUGA